AUGUGCAAGCAUUUUUGUUGUCUUGUGUUAGAAUCGACUAUAAUUGCUCUUUCAUUGAUAGCAUUUGUUUUUCUUCUUAAAGCGGGGUUUGAUGACAAGUCUGCAUACGCACAAUGUAUUUUCGCGUUCACCGAAGGAUUAGGUCAACCUGUGCACAUAUUUAGAGGUAGAUGUCCUGGUCGUAUUGUUUAUCCACGUGGUCCUCCUGACUUUGGUUGGGACCCGUGCUUCCAGCCCGAUGGAUUUCUGGAAACGUUUGCUGAAAUGAAAAAGGAGACAAAAAACAAAAUAAGCCAUCGAGCGAAAGCCCUCGAACUUGUAAAGAAGUUUUUUGAUGGAAGGAAUUAG